AGAGCAUUAGCCAUUGAAGAGAGAGAAUACAGAGAAAUCACAUCAAACCCAGCAAAGCGUUCUUAGCCCAAUAAAAUGGGAACGGAAGAAAACGGUAACGCCACCACCGAGUUCUUUCCCCCACGGUGGAGCGUGGCGACGAAGCCAUGUGACUACUGCAAGUCCGCCGCAGCCCAGCUUUUCUGCCUGGUGGACUCGGCGUUUAUGUGCAUGGGUUGUGACGCUAAAUUGCACGCCGUAAAUAAAAUAUUCUCUCCGCAUGCGCGAGCAUGGCUCUGUGGGAUCUGUGAACAAUCCCCCUCCACGGUCACAUGCAAGGCCGAUGCGGCGGCGCUCUGUGUCACUUGCGACUGCGACAUUCACUCCGCUAACACCCUCGCCUGCCGCCACAAGCGGUCGCCGGUGGUUCCUUUCUACGCCACUGCCGAGACCGUCGUGAAGUCCACCGCAGCUACCUCCCUCCUGGUUCCUCUCAACCACCAUGGCUCCGACACUGUCUCGGUGGGCGAGAGUGAGAGCAAAACGAGAAUUGCCAUUGAAGAACCAUGGACUCUGUCCAACCCAGAAGCUUGUAAAGUCUCAACCGAGGGUCCAGAUUUGAAUUCCGUGGAAUUCUUGUUUCCGGAUUCGGAUCAUUUUCUAGAUUUGGAGUACCCAGCAGCCUCCAUUGACAUGGGGGUUCAACAACAUCAUAGUUCAGGAACUGAUAGUAUAGUCCCAGUUCAAUCCAUCAAGCCUUGUGUUCCAGAACAAGGGAUUGAGUUUGAUUUUGCCAGAUCCGAAAUCAAGUUAUACAAAAACAGCUAUGCCGCUCACUCUCUCACCCACAGUGUUUCUUCAUCAUCCUUGGAGGUUGGAGUUGUGCCUGAUGGGAGCUCCAUAUCCGAUAUAUCAUACCCUUCUAGUAUGGAUAGGGAAGCUAGGGUUUUGAGGUACAGAGAGAAGAGGAAGAACAGAAAAUUCCAGAAGACAAUAAGGUAUGCCUCGAGAAAGGCCUAUGCCGAGAAGCGGCCGAGGAUCAAAGGACGGUUCGCGAAGAGAAAUGAGGUUGACUCUGAGAUUGAUCACAUGUUCAGCUCUAGGUCUACUGGGUUCAUGGCGGAUGUCGGAUCCGGCGUCAUUCCAUCUUUCUAAUAGAAGAGCUUUUUUUUUUUUUUUUUGAAUAUACACAAAAAAAUAUGUGCAUAUUUUAAACACAUUUUUCUCAAUAUCAUACUUAACUAAAGAGCUUGAAAAUCUUGUAUUAUUGAAGGAUUAAAAAUUGUCUGCAUCUGAAAAUACUGUGUAAUAUAAAAAAAAAAAAUCUCAAUAGUUCAAAUUGUAUAAAAAAUUACAUUUGAUUUAAGAAGUUUAUCGACAUGCUAGAAAUUUGGCAGGUUUGUAGAAGCUAUGAAAUUUAUACCAUGUGAAUAACUAUAAGAAAAAUGGCUUUGAGCUUCACGUGCUUGG